ACCAAGCGUUAACUGUUGUAAGCGCUACCCAUUUUUCAUUGCGACUGUUUUGCUUUCACCUUUGUAUAGUAUAAGCGUUCAAUUGCAAGGCUCUGUAUAGUUUAUUAUCUCUAGAUAUUGUUAGGAGAAUACAACAAAAUGCGGACGGAUAAACUUCAUAUAUAUAUUUACAUUGUAUCUACCAUUUUAGUAUUAUCAAUGCUAUAUAGAAUUAUGAAGGUGAACACAGAGAACACGCUUUUUGUCGAAAAAAAGGAUGAGUAUUAUAAAGAGACCGCCCAUAACACCAUUUUGGAAGAAAAUCUGUACUUAGAAUAUGAACGGUAUGUGACUACGCUGCAAACGAAUUGUAACAACAUUUCAAGAUGUGGACCUAAAGGUGAUACAGGCUAUGAUAUUUGUGUUGAUCCCUUAUAUAAACCAAAACGACCCUGUCUCGUUUAUUCUUUUGGAUCACAUUAUCAUUUUGAAUUUGAAGAUGGCGUUCACAAGAUGUUCAACUGUCAAAUUCACACAUUUGAUCCAAGUAUCCCUUUAGCUGGACAUUCCAUUCCAAAACAUGUCGAAUUCCAUCUUAUUGGAUUAUCUAACUUUGACCAUCACACCAUAUUUGGAUGGGAAAUGAAAACACUUGCUUCCAUAAGGAGAUAUCUUAACCAUUCAUUUACAACAUUGGAUAUUCUUAAACUGGAUAUUGAAGGAGAUGAAUGGAAAGCAAUUCCGCAAAUAUUAUCGACUAUUUCAAAUAAAUAUAUCAAGCAAAUAGUUCUUGAAGUUCAUUUCGGCAGACAUACUAAUAAGCUUAAGGACGAUGGCUAUAGGCGCUUCAACUUGAAUAAUUGGGGUGAUACUGAUUCAUUUACGCAAAUUAAUGUUCUAAAACAGUUAAAACACCAUGGAUUUAAUAUAUUCAAAUGGGCAAUCAAUCCAAGAUCAAAACUUCGACUUCAACAUUCAAGUAAAGGCAGUGUUUUUACAAUGCAUAUUAUAUCAUUGAAAAAUAUCAAUGUACUAAAUUGAAACAAAUAACAAAAUCAAACAUUUUUUACGUAUAUAAACUUUUAGAAUGCUGUGCUUCACAUGUGUUUAUGUCUUUUUUUUUCGUUAUUUACUUUUUUUGAUUGUCUAACAAAAGAAAUAUUAAAACUAAUACAUAAACUAAAAAGCAAGGUCUUCAUACUUCUGUGUGGAACAUUUUUUAUCAUUUUUUUUAAUUGCAACAUCAUCAUUGAUAUUGAUAUUUAUAAUUGUAUGUAUAAUGGUUAAAUAAUAUAUCACUUUAUUUGAGUCUAAUAAUUUACAAGGUUAAAAGAAAAACAAAACAAAAUAUAUUUACUCUUUAAAGAUAUAUUGGACGUGGGGGUCGAUACUUGUGAUAGUUAAAAAAAUACAUAUACAUAAUUUCU